AACAUUUCAAACACACAGAAAAAGAGAGAUAGUUGAGAAGAUCUGAAAGAAGAAUGAGCAGCGAAGAAGAGAAGACGGUAUGUGUGACGGGAGCUUCAGGUUACAUCGCUUCGUGGAUCGUUAAGCUUCUCCUUCUCCGGGGCUAUACCGUUAAAGCCUCUGUCCGCGAUCCAAAUGAUCCGAGGAAAACAGAGCAUUUGCUUGCACUAGAAGGUGCAAAGGAAAGGCUUCAACUGUUCAAAGCAAACUUGUUAGAAGAAGGCUCUUUCGAUUCAGCGAUUGAUGGUUGCCAAGGAGUUUUCCACACCGCAUCACCAUUCUAUCACGAUGUCAAAGAUCCUCAGGCUGAGUUACUUGAUCCAGCGGUGAAAGGAACAAUCAAUGUUCUAAGCACUUGCUUGAAGACUCCCUCUGUUAAGAGAGUCGUCCUAACCUCAUCUAUAGCAUCUGUUGCUUUCAAUGGUAUGCCUCGAACACCCGAAACCAUUGUUGAUGAAUCUUGGUUCGCCGAUCCUGAAUAUUGCAGAGCUGCCAAGCUAUGGUAUGUACUAUCCAAGACAUUAGCUGAAAACGCAGCGUGGAAAUUUGCCAAAGAGAACGAUUUACAGUUGGUUUCGAUAAAUGCAGCAAUGGUGAUCGGUCCUCUUUUACAGCCAACGCUCAACACUAGUGCCGCCGCAGUUCUAAGCUUGAUCAAAGGAGCACAGACGUUUCCUAAUGCGACAUUCGGGUGGGUUAACGUUAAAGAUGUAGCUAACGCUCACAUUCAAGCGUUUGAGAAUCCAACUGCUAAUGGAAGAUACUGUUUAGUGGAGAGAGUUGCUCAUUACUCUGAAGUUGUUAACAUUUUACAUGAUCUUUACCCUGAUUUCCAACUCCCUGAGAAGUGUGCUGAUGAAAAGAUAUAUAUUCCAACAUACAAAGUGUCUAAAGAGAAAGCAGAGUCUCUUGGGGUUGAGUUUGUGCCAUUGGAGGUUAGCAUAAAGGAGACUGUAGAGAGUUUGCAAGACAAAGGGUUCAUCAGAUUCUGAGUUUCAUCACCAAAGAAAAAACUCAAACCAGAACCAGACUUGGAUCUGUUUUUGUUUAAUUUUCAUUUGUUUGUGGAUUUUUUUAAAUUCAAAUGUGGAGUGUGUUGCCUAUGAUAUUGUGGACACUUUUUUGCAUCAUUUGAGUCUGAUAUUUGCAGGAUGUUUCCUU